GCCUUGCUUACCGGAGCGUUUUUCGGCCUUGCGUCCCUCAGCACGACCUACGCAGCCAAAUCAUUAUCGGUCUCAAAUCUAUACUAUGCAGCCUGUCUCAGAGAGGCAGAACAUAUGACCUUCUUCAAUGACUGCAGAGUGCCGGCGUCAAGGUGCUGCGUGUAUGGCUCGAUGGUACAACUUCGCUUUCAAUUUUCCCUUCCCCGACUGACAACCCCUCAAGAUCAAUCCGAGACCACUAGAGGCACGCCCAUUGACCCAUUUCCAGCCUUUCAAGGCGAUUCUCCUUCAUCUUGGGUUGACACCGUUUUGAACUGCCUUGACAAACUUAUGGUGAAAGCACACAGCCACGGCAUCAAACUUCUCAUCUCAGUCCACAACUACAAAGCAUUUGGAAGCUGGUCCGCUUCGUACUCCACCAUAUAUACUCAAUACAUUCCCAUGUUCACAUCAAUGCGUACUAACUUGCGCCUUGGCGAAUUCAGUUAUCUAAUUUCCACUCCUUCAAUGCAUGUACGCUUUUCAUAAUCCUGAUUACUGGCAUCUUCAUGAUGCUUAUCACAUUAUUCUCAGAGAAGCUCCUUGGUUUGUUGUUAGACCAUACUCUUCUGGGUAGACACGAGCGACUGGUCCAGGGCCAUGCUGA